GAUAACAAAAAUCAAACUGAUUGUUUUACUUUGGUUUAUUUUUUUUCAAAUUAAUUAAAAUAUCAAAUAAUCAUCAAUCAUUUAGUCAGAUAGGAAUUAAAAAAUUUGUAGAAGGAUAUUAUUAUUAAUACAAAGUUAUUUUUUGUUUUUCUAGUUAGUUUUAUUUCCUUGAAAAUGUAUCAGAUGUAUAAUUAACUGAAUGACUUGUAAAGCAAUUAUGGCAAUCAGCAAAAGUUUUAGAGAUAAAGUGAUGAUCCCAUGAAAGAAAUAAAAAAAAAUUAUGGAGAUUAUUUGAGAUAAUAGAUAAAAUAUAAUGAAGAAAAAAAGAAAUAGGAAAAGUUUGGAGGUGCUGCAAGCAGAUAGUAAGACGAUUAUUACAAAAUGAAUGAUAUUUCAAAUUAGUAGUACUAAAUUCCUUAAGAAAAGCAAGCAUAUCAGAGGAAUAGAAAUGAUUCUAACUCUGAUCAAAUAAACAAUAAAUCUCCAAACGGCAAGAUAUACGGAGAGUAUUUAAAGAAAUAAAUGGAUGAAAAGAAAAAUAACACAAAUGUAAAUACUGAUUUCAAAUAGUAAAAAAUUUAAGAAUUAUAAGAAAGAAUGGCUGCUAGAAAUGACAAUCCAUAUGGAAAAGGAGGAUCAGGAGCUCCUCUUAUUGGUAAAAAUGGAGAAAUAAUUUCUAGUCGAAAACCAGAUACUUCACUUGUUUAAUAUGAUUAUUUGGGAGGUAAAAAUUAGGAUAGUUCUAACAGUAUUACAACUUCAUAGCCAAGCUAUUCUUUAGGUCGUUAAUAAUAUGCUCCUUAGUAAUUAAGCAUGCACGAAUCUUUAGCUAACAAAAUAAAUGAAAAAUUACAUUUCAAGUCUAAAGACUAGGCUAAUAAUUUAGAUAAAAAAGAUUUUUAUAGAGAAAAUAUAAAUUAUAACAUCGAAUAAUCUAUUCUACCAGGUGGAAAGAAUAAUUAUAAUGAAAAGGAAGGCUUAAAGCCAGUUUAAUCAGAUAAUGCAACUAAUUUUAGAAGAAACAAUAAAAGACUUAUUGACAGCGAAAAUUAAAAUGAAGCUGAUUUUUUGAGAAGAGAAAAGUAGAAACAGGAAAUCAGCAAUGCUCUGUAAGAGUAAAUUAUGCUUAAGGAUAGAAAGAAGUAAUAAGAAAAGGAGAGACAAAAAGAAGAAGAACUGAGAAUAGAAGAAAGAGUUAAAAAAGAAAGAGAAUAAAUUGAAAGGCAAAUUAAAGAAGAGGAGGAAAAAAAAAAGAAAAAGGCUGCUGAAAUUCAAUAAGAAAAUGAAGAUUUGAAAAAGUAAAAGAAAAAUAAAAUAAUUCCUUAUCAUUUGGAUGAAGGAACGCCAUAAAAGUCAUAGGACUACUAAAAACCAGCAAUCCAAAAAUAAAACACUUUCGACAAUUCUAUAAAGCAUAAUAUAAAUAAUUAUAAUAAUCCUUAAGCAACUCAAUAAUUAAAUAACACUAACAAUAUAAAUGAUUAUUUAACUGUUUUCAGCAAUUACUAACAACCUAAUUUUAACAUUUAUAACACUCAAAAUUAAAAUUAUCCAUAGCAAUUACAAUAGAAUUCUAAUAAAAACAUGUACAGUAGUAUCCCUUACAAUUACUCUCCUAACAGUGACAUCUUAUCAAACACUUUCCAUUUGUAAAGAAUGGCACUGAACAGCUAGGAGCUCAGAAAUAGAGAUAUUCUACCUGAGAUAGAUAAUAUGAAAUAAUAAAUUUAAGAUCAAUAUAAAAAUCUUUAACAUGAUGUCCAUAGAGCUAAAUUGGAAAAUAUUUAGGCAAUCGAUGAUAGAAAUAAAUAUGGAACAGCUAGCAGAUAGCAGAUAAACCCUUAUACUAUAGAUUAUUCUGAUUUUAAUACAUAUAAUAGCAACAACAAUAAUUUUAAUAACUAUGGAAACUAAUAUAACUAAAAUGCAUAUAGGCAGUAGUACACCAAAAGCAGAGAAUCUACAGGAUAUUAAAGCUAGAGAAGAUAAGUGAGUUCGGCUGAUAAUAACUAGCUAAACAUAAUUUAAAAUAAACCUACUGUAUAUGAUAGAUAAGAAGAAUAUAAUAUUUAAUCAUUAGAUGCUGAAAGCAAAAUGAUACCAAUGGAUUUGAUAGAUCAUCUUAAAUAAAAAGAUAAAUUAACUAUGUCUUAGCUUAUAAAUUAUGACUAAGACUAUUCAUAAAAUACGAUUAUAAAUAAUUAAGCAGACUAAGAUCUUAAUCCAAACACGAAAAUUUGGGAUAUUCCAACAAUGAAUAGUGACAUUACGAAAGAUAUAGAUAAAAUACUUAGUCAUUAAUCACAUCAAAUCCAAUAAACUGCAAUGAUGCAACAAAAAGAAGAAGAAUUAAUGAGAUAAAAAUAUAGCUCUUAGAGCCAGCAUAGAACUAAAAUAAAAAGUGAAACCACUUUCAAUAUGGCUGCAAAAGGAAUAUUAGACCAAACGGGAUAUAGUCAUCACAGCAACAACAGAAUUGGAGAAAACAAUCCAAAAAGAAGCAAUCAAAAUUAAUUUUAAAAUAACAACUUCGAAGAAAAUAACUAAAAUUUCAAUACAACAAAUCAAUUUUAGAAAGACCACAAUUAUGACGAGUAAAAUAACAACUUUUAAAAUCUAAAUAUGUCAGAUUUACAGCUCAAAUUUGAGAGAGAUAACGACAUAAGUAGAAAAUAAGGUAAUUAAGAAGAGCAUCAAUAUUAACAGUAAAACAGAGAUGCAUAUUAGAAUAGAGAUCAGUUGUUUGACUACAAAAGAGACCAUGAAUAUGAAUAAAAAUAAAAUGAGGACGAAGAUAGUGAUGAGAUUAAAAAGUAGAAAGCGCUUAGAGAAAUCAGAGAAAGAUUUCAUUUAAGCACUGUUAAUGAAGAUUUUAAUGAAAAAACAAGAUAACUUAGCACAAUCUUAGAAACCGGUAAAUAUUAAGAUAAUAAAGAGCUUUAUGAAAGCCUAAGAAAUGUAGAAGAUCCAGAUUUUUAUAAAUUAGAUGAACUAAUAAAAUAGUUCAAAUCAACACAUAUCUAAAAAAAUGAUAAAUAUAAUUGA